CCGACCGAGCGGGUGGCUGCUGGAGUGUUCGCCGGACCAUGAGCAGCCCUCCGGCCUUGGGAGGAGCGGCGCUGCCCGCUUGGAAACGAGCCCUCAUGGAGCGGAAGCGGGCCAAGCUGGCGGCCGGUGUGGAGCUCCAGCGCGGCUUGGAGACGGACGCGAAGCCGCCUCCGGGGUCAGGGACAGAGCGCGAAGAGGGGGCGGCGAAGGAGCGGUUGGUGGUGGCCGAGAGCCUGGGCCCUCUGAGGGAGAAUCCGUUCAUGAGGCUGGAGAGCGAGCGGAGACGGCGCCGUAGGCGGGCUCUGCCUUCCCCGCCUCGUCCUGCCUUCCCUUCCUCCUCCUCGACAGCUUCCUCCGCCUCCGUGGAGCCUCCAGCCUUGGCGCAGCUGCUUGAGCUGUACAGCUCCGUGCCGGGCAUCCGUACCAUCCGCGCGGAUAACAUCCUCAUCAUCGAAUCCCGGGAGGCAGAACUUUCCCCUACGGCCACCCAGAAAGAAGACCGCGCCGACUCCCCGCAGCAGGGGCAGCCAGCUUCCACCUCCUCCUCGCCGCCUCCGCCUCCAAGCUCCCCCUGUGGCAGAGAUCCCUUCCGGGACCUGCUCUCCCGCCGCGGGUCCGCAGUCACAGAGAUUCGGGCUGCUGAAGUUGUCAUCUAUGAGCCUGGGCGGGCGUUGCCGUCCUCCUCAACCCUUGAUGGGAACGGAGGUGCUGAGUCUGAACCUGGCAGGGUCAGUCGGCUGCUGCAGAAGUUUGAUCGGCGGCCCCGGAGCAACGUGGGGCGAGGAAGGUGGAGGGCUGGUGAGGUCCUUCGACCGCAGCCGGUGGUGCCAAACCUUUCUCAAGAAGGCACUCCUGCGCUGCUGUCUCUCGCUCCUAUGCGCCCUGGUUCUCCACGCAACCACCCCACUGGAGGCUUUGUACAGAAGAUUGGCUCCAAUUCGUUCACGGUAAACCCGCGUGGAUGCUGCCCUGUAUCUGAAAACUCCACCCCUGUGCUUAGUAAUGGGCCAGUAGAGCCAAUUCCACCUGGGAGCAGAAAUCGACAGGCAGUAGCUGUGCCUAAGCCAGUGCCAUCGCCAAGCGCUGCCGCCGCCUCUCCGCCUCAAGCCAAUUCAUGGAAGCCAAAGCUUGAGGGGACCACUGAGACCCCACAGCUACCAGCCCAGCAGUCUAGUGCCAGUUUGGAUAGCAGUGCCACGGCCAGCUCAGCCCGGCCCCCACCACUCCUUUGUUCUAAUGGCUCCUUUGAGAUCCGCCCAGCCCCCAGGCCAGACCUGACUGCCAUCCCUGCUCAUGAUCUCCAAGCACAGGCCUUGGCCAGCUUGCGCCUCAACUCUCGAAACUCCUUUCUUUUUGUACCCCGUCGGAAAGGAGAAGCCCCUGGCCCAUUAGGACCUGAAGUCACCCCAACUUUGCCAGGAAGGGUACAGCCACCUGCCCCAGAGAAGCGGACUGAGACUUUGGUGCCUGUGACUUACAUAGAUGAGGAUUUGGUUGAACUGGAUUCUGGAGACUUGCCACCCUUGAAAGUCCUGAGUCCAAGGCUGGAGGGCUUUGAUGUGCUCCAAGAAGGUGAUUCUUCCCUUGGGAUAGAGGAUUUGGCUAUUCCCAUAUACCGGCCCCACCCUACUGAUUAUGCCACUGUCUCUGAGAAAGGUAGCAACACUUUCACCAUCGUGCCCAAAAGGAAGCCCCCUAGUGCUGCACUGGAGACCUUCAGCAGAGCUCAGCUGCCAGAGGAGGAAGAGGAGGAGGAAGAAGAAAGCCGAGCCAAAGCUAGGAAUGAUGUGGCCCAUGAGGAUUUGGGUCAGCGUCUCAAAAAGCGCUACCCCACUGUGAAUGAGAUUGAGGUGAUAGGGGGUUACCUUUCCUUGGAUAAGUCCUGUAUGAGCAAAUCAGGCUCUCGACGAAAAAAGAUGAAGAUCUCUUUCAAUGAAACCAGCCUGCAAACUAUGUUUGAAUACCCAUCAGAGAACUCCUUAGUGGAGGCAGAGGAGGAGGAGGAGGAAGAGUAUGCCACAGAAGUGGAUGAGAAACCUGCCUUGUUCAUUCCUCGCCCAAACAGCACCCCGAACUCAAAUGCAGUGAACUCAGGUUUGUCAAGUUAUACCCCAAAGCAUUCAGUUGAAUUCAGCAAGUGGCAGGAACAGCAGUAUGAGGAAAUACCUCCAAACACAGGGGCUUUUCCACGGGAUGCUGCCCUGCCUGGCAGCCAAGUCAUGCUUACUCCAGCAGACAAGAGCAACCUCUCUGACUUUGGUAGUGAACCUGCCCUAUACUUCUAACUGCUAAUCCGACGGUGCUGAACAGAGACCACCCCAAAAUUCCUGGUCUCCUUGCCUACAGGUGUCUGCAUAAGCACUUAAUGGGAGAACAAGGUGGGCAUUUGUAGCCAAGUUGCUCUCCCUUAUUGGAUACCAAGAAGCCAUUUGGGAUGGGGGAGCUCUGUAUUUACACUGGAUUCUUGUGCGUUACUUGUUCUGAGGCAGCCUACUUGUCCUACCUGUGACUUUACUAGUUCUGCUUAAGACCAAUUGCUGAAUUAAUGGAUGUGAAUCACUUUUUUGAGUAUGAAUCACUUUUUUGGAGAUUGAACUGGAUUGAGACUGGGCUGCUUAUUCCUGAUUUGCUUUUCUUCUCGCUUGACUGUGCUGCUCACAUCAGCCAGGCUUGUUUGAACUGGCCUGGCAAUUAGCUUGGUGCUGGUUCUGUACAAACAAGGUGUGUGAUUUGACAGAUGCCACCUAAUGGAAAACACCGUUUUAGAAUUCAUCUGGGCACAUACAUGCUCUGAAAGACUGAAAUUUGGAGUCUGAUUCUUCUGUUGUGCAAAUAAUGGAGAGUGAUGUUGCCUGCUUGAGAUGGUUAAUGAAAAAAGGAAAAAAAGAAGCUCUGUUCUUUAUUUUAAAAAGUAAACUUGGGAAUAGUUUCUAGUAUUAUAAGGAAUGGCUUUUAACAAGGAACAAUAUCUGAAUGUGUCUAAGGAGAGUUUUGAACAAGCACCUGGCAGUUACUUAUGCUUAUUUUGUGGCAACUUUAAUCAGCUCUGAAAGGUUAUCUGUAAUCUCCAAUCCCCGGUUGAGCUGGGCAUUGCCACAAGCACUCCUUUCCCUAAACUUGUAAGAAGUUGAGGGUAAUACUGCAUAGCUGGGGUUAUAGGUGAGCAGCUCUCCACAUAAACUGCAGCUCUUAGUGAUUGGCCACUCCAUGAACAAUCUUCAUUCAAAACAACCCUAAGUGCAUUUUCAUUAGCUGGGAAGCAGAGUUCUUGUCCCAGUUCUCCUCUGGGAAGUCCACAGCUGCUGGAUCUCAGGACUUCAUAUCCUCUAGAGCAGCUGUUGGGUCAAGCAGUCUCCAUGUUUGCAGGCGGGGGAAACUUCUCAUUGUUUUCUGAUCUUCUCUCAAAGUUGCAGCAAUGACCUUUCAUGGCCAGAUUCCAAAAGAAACAGAUGUGGUAGCCUGAAAUGUGUGCUGUAUUUGGAUGGCAUUUGCAGUAAAUGUUCUACAUAGCAAUUUGCUAAGUUCAGGUUAGGGAAGUGAGGUUAAGUACUGUAAACUUGACAUACAAGUAGCUUCUGUGGAAGAACAGAACAUUAUCUGCACUCUAGUAUGUGUGUGUGUGUUUAGAAAUAUGAUUGAAAUUAAUGUGUGCAAAUGGAAAUGAUAAACCCUAUGUCCAGCCCUAGUCCAAAGGACCAAGACUUCUUCUCUGAAACUUUACUAUUUUUUGUUUAGAAUGUCAAAACAAAUUGAGCUUAUUUACUAUGAUGAAUUAUCAAAUGCUCUGCAUUUUGCACUUGAGAACAAUUUAUUGGAGGGAAUAGGAUUUCUAGAUCAUGUACUCAGCUGCCCAUUGUUGCUGGGUCUGGCUGGAGGGGCCAAACUACUGUAUUUGUUAUUCCCAUUCCCUCAGGAAUGGUAUCACUUUGUGCUUCCAAAGCUCAUUAAAACCACACAAGUGAUUUCUUCA